UGGCGACGCUACCGGUGGGCGGCGCCCCGGAAGGCCCCGCGCGGACGAGCCGGAAGGCGGGGGGGUGGGGCCUGCGCGCGGGGCGGGGAGGCCUGGUGUCUCCGCGCCUGCCGGCCUGUGACCUCGCGGCGCCGCCUCCGCAGGAACGCUUACCCCGAGGUCUGCCGCGAUGCCCGUUGCGGUGGAGGACAUCAUGAGGUUGCUGUGCUCCAUCUCCGAGGAGAGGAAGAUGAAGGCGGCCGUCAAGCACUCCGGGAGGGGCGCCCUAGUCACUGGGGCCGUGGCCUUCGUUGGUGGCUUGGUGGGCGGUCCACCAGGACUAGCCGUUGGGGGGGCCGUCGGCGGUCUGUUAGGUGCCUGGAUGACGAGUGGACAGUUUAAGCCGGUUCCUCAGAUCAUAAUGGAGCUACCGCCUGCCGAGCAGCAGAAGCUCUUUAACGAAGCCACUGCCAUCAUCAGGCACCUGGAGUGGAUGGACGCCGUGCAGCUGACCAUGCUGGUCAUGGGCAGCGAGGCCCUGCAGAAGCAGCUGCUGGCGAUGCUGGCCAACUACGUCACCAGGGAACUGCGGGCGGAAGUGCAGUACGACGACUAGGCCUCUGCCCUGGGAAGGGGGCCGUUCGGAUGAUUCCCCCGACUCGUGGGAGGUGACUGGGGAGCUGCAGGAAGCCCACAUCAUCAGAACGUUACCUGAACUGUAGCAGCACCUCCUGCUGAAGAGGCUGCUGCUGUGCUAGGUCAUGCUGUGGAAAUUACUGGAGAAGAUGCUGUGCUUUAUGGCCGUGUGCACCUGUGUGUCCUGACCGCCUUUCAGGGGGAAGCUGGUGAAUAGCAAAGCUGUGCCUGCUGCCAUGUGAUGGCAGUUUUGUGAAUCCACGCUGGCUCACACAGGAGCCAGAAGGUCCUCACGUUCAGUCUCUCAUCUCAUCACAAGAAGAUGACGCCUGUCCAGGCACCCAUUUCAGGACCGCCCCCCCCCCGUCCCGCCUCUUGGGACUUGGGGGGCUGGCCCCUGCUGGAAUCAUGUUUGCCUCUUGAUUAUCCAUUCACCACCCAGUGACUUCUGAGUGGCCUCAGGGAGGGGGCAUUCGGCCUGCUGAGUGAAGCCAGGAACGCCAGUGGCUCUCAGUCCCUCCCCCACUAGCUGCCAGACUGGCUUCUCACCCUCCCGGGGGCUUACUUUCCCCAUCUGAACAGUCACAGUAGUUCUUGUGUUCUGCUUUUUAAGUUAAUUAUUUUCAGUAAAAGCAUUUCUCUUUCUGAAGUGGUAGGAUCAUAACUUACCUAGACACAGGAAAUGUCUCCAUCCUAAAUUUCCCUAAUGCUGUUUUUGCUUUGCUUUCAGAACCACAACUUGACUGUCAUCAAAUUACAGUAAAUGUUUUCUGAAUCGUCCUGUUCUCCACCUAUUUUGUGUAAAGCGUCUCUAAGAGUCAAAGUCCUAUGCUUGGAACACAAAGGAAGAGAACGGAUUUGUGGGUUUAAAGAGUGAAUGAAAGCUGUGAAUUCCUGGGCCCGACACCUGAGCCUCCAGGCUGCUGUGGUUCCCGGGCUGCCAGUGCGUGCACACUGCCCGGGCCUCCCCUGGCAUCCGCAGCGUCCCUUGGGUCUCUCCAGGGAGCUGGAAGGAAGCUUCACUGGCCUCCCUGGGGUACAGCAGAAGGCACUCGUGUGGAGCAGAGAUAGUGCCCCGCACCUUCUUGUGGGUCAAGAAAACUUCAGGGCAAAUUUGAACCUGUGGUGAUUAAGGAAGGAUCAGGCUUUUAUCUCAGAAAAGUUGCUCUCUAUCUGGCCUCGUCUAGCACUCAUCAGGUGCCCUUUACAGGUCAAAUGCCUGCGGUUGAUGAGGCCACUUGGUCAUUUGCCCUGCUUGGGUUGAUGAGGGAGCAGGGCAGGGCCCUUUUAGAUGAUUCUCCUGACUCAUAGACGGUGACUGCGGAGUUUGGGGGGAUCCCACCCACUUAUUACUUGUGUUGGGUCCUACUUUGCCGGGCUCAUCCUACACCAGUGUCCACUGGAUCCCUCCCCUGGCCUGCCUGCCUUUACCCCUGGGGAAGCCACUCUGGGGAGAUGGCCUGAUUCCCAACCAGACAGGUGUCAGAUGAAGCAGGCCUUACCGAAUGAAGUCACUGGCCUAGCCAGGUCCUGGGUGACUUGUGGUAGACUCUGGGCCCAAGAGGAGUCCAGACCUGAGUCUCAUCUCUCCCAGGAGCUGAAAGCACUUUCCUUGCUUUCCUUUCAGGCUCUCCUCACAGGGACUGUGGCUUAGUAUUUCUUCAUCUUCUUUGACAAUUUUUGACUUAUUUAUUUUGGAAACUUGGAAGAUACCAGAAAGUAUAAAUGGAAAAUGAAGGCAUCCUCCUAUGCUGACUGCUGCUCCGGCCCCUUUCCAGAUGCAGCCACUGUACCAAUUUCUUCUGUAUUCCUGUUUUUAGAUAGUCUUGUUUGUCAGUGUUUAUUGCUGAAAACAGAAAAGUACAAUGAAAUAAAAACCAUUAAAUUAUCACCACCCCAAUAAAACCUACUGUGAACACA